GUACGCAUCGCGCUGAAAACGAUCAGAUCACGUGUACGAUAUUUCAAAAUACGUUCUUAUAUAGUGCGUUUAAAUAUAUUAUUGAACUAGUGGUGUGUAGUGUAAGUUUAGUGCCAAUUAUUGGGAUAUUGUCGCGACGUUGGAUGUCAUUUUCUUCAGAUUCUUCAUCGGAUCACAACGGAAUAAACCAACAGUGAAGUGUUCAAAUCUCCAGUUUAAAGUGAAACAAAGUGUCUAGUGAAAGUGCAAGUUAAAGUGAAGAAUGUGUGAAAGAUAUAUCGAAGUGUAGAAUAGUGCGGGAAGUAGAUGUGGCGUGCGUGGGGCUGCAGAGGCCCUCGGGUCAAUGGUCCCUCUGGCGUUCCUGGCACUUGCUUCCAUAAUCGGCACGACUGCGCCAGCUGAUCAUGGUCGCAAUCUGAUCCCUGGCGUGCACGGGACCAAUUUCAGACCACAUUUACUGUACAGCAAAUCCGCCAUGGUACAUUACAGAAAAAAACGGGACACUUCAGACGACCCUCGAUGCGCGCCGUUCAUGUACGAGCCGAAUAAGAAAUUUCUGACCAAUCCCAUAAAUGAGGAGGACCAGGGGAAGCCCAGCGAUAAAAUCACGUACUCAAAUCGUACUACAUGUAUCACGACUAUUGAUGCAGGUGGCAGUGGUCAAGUGAUAGUGCUGUCCUUCGUCGAUAAAUUUCACAUGGAAGAUCGACCACCAAAAUGCGAAUAUGACUAUUUAGAGAUAAGAGACGGCAAAUUCGGGUACGCGCUGCCAGCCUAUAAAUUUUGCGGGAGCAGCUUCCCCCCCACCAUCACGUCUGCAGGCCCCUCCCUCUGGCUCAAGUUCCAGUCGGACGACAGCAUAGAGUACUCUGGCUUUAAGAUCAAUAUCGACUUCCAGCAGAAUAGCUUGAGCCGAGAAAUACCAGAGGCCUGCAUUAUAUCGAAGACAGGCGAGAAAUUUGGCUGGAUAGCGUCUGAUGACGAAGACGCCAAAGCCUGCCUUGACGAGAGUCCCAACACCCUGGACAUUCAGUGGAGGAUUGAGACUCCUGCCAAUACCAGGAUAUACUUAAACUUCACGGAGUACAAGUUAUCCUUCCCGAAUGAGUGUGAAGACAAUUUAGUGCAAGUUUUUGGCGCGGAGUCUAACUUUGACCACAAGUUAGCGUUCUACUGCGGUUCAGUGGCUAAUCCUGUCACCACAAAAGCUGAGGACGAGGGCCUGGGUCCCAGCAACAUUAUGUUUGUCAGAAUGUUCGCCACAACGAAGGCCAAAGCUUCGAAGUUCAUGGCCCAUUUCACUUCGUUUCGGACGCUGAAAGGGGAUCAGUCAUGCGACCCCUCAUCAGAGCUGGAUUGCCAAGAUGGCACGUGCAUUGACUCGAGUCUAGCGUGCAACGGCAUCGCUGACUGCAGACUCAAGUCAGAUGAAGAUCCCGAGAGCUGCAAGGAAGCAGCGCAGUCCCUCGUGAAGGAGCCCCACAUUCUGGUGAUCCUGAUUAUCUUCUCUCUGAUCCUGUCGGGGAUGAGCCUCGUCUUCCUCUUCAAGUGCAUCCGCAAGCUGCAUCAGGACCACAAGUACAUUAAGGAGCACUUAGCCAAAUCCUGCGAAGAUCGCCUGGACAAACUGGCUGAGACCCAAUUGACGUUGGACCCCAAUCUCUUGGACCCUGAGCCUCGGGCUAGUCUGGAGCGAGAGAACCAUACCAAUGAAAUGUACAAACAGCAGCGGAACAAACGGAAAUCAAGCAGCAUUGAGUCCGACUUCCUUCACCGCGAUACCUCCCUAGACCAUCACCACGACUGGCCUGAAAGUAUCCCAGUCCCGGAAGACGAUAUCCGGAUAGAAUACAAGGGACGCCCGAGAAGGAGUGAUACUAGUAAAAAGGAAGAGUCACUCAGGAGCAAAGGUUCCAAAGAGGAAGAAAGAAAGGAAAUAAGAGACGUAUCAGUCGGUGCUCCUGACACCAAAGAAUCUGGAUGCCAAACGAGGGAAAGCUUAUUCCAAGUGGAUACAGCUCCUAGCUCCGAUGGAACAAACUCAUCGAACAGCCGAGGGUUCUCAACCUUUGGCUAUUCGGGAGCCACCAUCGUGCGGCCUUCUCCAGCACCCGCUAAUACUUCGGAGAUUACCAUAGAACUGCUGAGGCAGGUCACACCACAGGAAUCUAUCAAACAAAAGAAAUUCGACCGUCGCCCGAUGAGCUCCGAAACCACCCGAUCAGCGCCCGACGUCAUCAUCGUCUCGAAGCCGAUUCGCUGAGGAUGACCUUCGGGGCCCCCGCCCUGGGCCCCGACCCCUCCCCCCUCAUGGGUAUUACCCCCCCGGCAUCGCCCUGACGGCUGCCUAUACGACCACACCAAAAGCGUGUCUUUUGAGGACUACGAUGGCUAUUACAGCCAAUACUUCGAUGAAGGACCAAAGUUGAUUUACGAUUACUGUUUAAAAAGUGACUUUUAUAAGAAAGCUAAGACACUGCCGAGGAACUUAGGGUCAUCUGUGGAUAAAGUGUACCCUCAGAGGUGUUUCUGUGAAACGGAAUGUAAGAGGGUGGUGGUUAAAGCUGACGUUGAGCCGAAUAGAUAGCAUUCGAUGAGGUUCUAGGCUUGGAGUAUUGAAGCCUAGAUUACUUGUUAAGAGUGAAGCCAAAAUAUGAAUCAGCCAAGCAAUGUACAAACUACUAGUGUCAGAAUGUAGAAUAUCAUCAGAUUUCUGUAAACUGUUAAAAAUAUUCUUCAAAAAGGGGGGAUGAGAAAGUUGCAUUUUAUCUAUGUGUUUCAUUCGGUGGUCAAAUUCUGUGAAACAAACACUUUGUCCUCUUGUAAAACAAAUAGCUAUUAUAAUUGCUCUUUUGCAAUUUGUCUCAGUAAGUUCCAUAAAAAUAUAAGUAGGGGAAUAGCUGUAACUCCAUAUAUCAGUAAAUGCGGGAUAUUUGUAGUGACAUCUAGCGACAAACACGCAUAAAUCACGCGUCAAAUAGCGUAAAUUAUCAGUACUGCUACUUGUUGAUAGAUGUUGCGACGAAAGAAGAGUCUAAUGCUCACCAAUUUUUAGCUAAUAUUACAAUAGUAUUAAUCAG